AUGAUAAAAGGAAUUCCAGUCGACAAAUGUGUCGAUUUGGACCAAAAAGUUCGUAAUUGGAUAGGAAAAAAAAUUUUAGGCCUUUGUCUUCGUGAACUUUUCGAGUUUCACUUCAUGCAGACCGAUCCCAACUGGUCUAACUUUUUCUACGAUGGCAGCCAAGAAAAGAUUGUUCUUCUUGACUUUGGGGCUUCAAGGUCGUACGAAACCAGGUUCGUGGACAAGUACAGAAAAAUUCUGAAGGCGGCAUACGACGAGGAUCGAGAGGCGAUUUUGCGGCAUUCGCGUGAGAUUGGCUUUUUGACAGGAUACGAGUCGAAGGUCAUGGAAAAUGCUCACUGUGCCGCUGUGAUGACAUUAGGUGAGGCAUUCAGGUCUCCUGGCUUUUUUGAUUUUGGUGUUCAAAGUACGACGGCGCGCAUCAACCAGCUAAUUCCAGUGAUGAUAGAGCACAGGCUGAAGCCUCCACCGGAAGAAAUUUAUUCUUUGCACCGAAAACUGGCUGGUACAUUUUUGCUGUGUUCGAAACUGAAAUCUCAGGUUGAAUGCAGCGAACUUUUCAGGCCUGUGUACGAAACUCAUACGCCAGAUUAG